GAUGUGGACCCUCCGGGCCGCCGUCCGCCGCGGACUACCACUGCUCCGUGCGGCCUGUAGCUUCCGAGAAGGAUUUGUGCCAGCCCCUCGGGGUCGCCGUGUCCGCGCGCUCUCCACCUUCGGCGGCAAGAACCUGGACAAGGGCAGUCUUCUUUCUGGGUCUGGAGGAGAGCCGAUUGCCAGGAAAGGCUGGAAAGAGGAAGAUGAGGAAGAGGAUGAAACAGGAGAGGAAGAUGAAGAGCAUGAAGAGCUGCUGCUGGAGCGGGAGCCUUUGCUGCCCCAAGGGGCCCAGCGUGUAUUUUUGCUUCACCCGGAUGUCAAAUGGGGAACUAAAAAACAGACUUUGACCCGAGCCGAACUUCAGGUGGCUGAGGCAAAAACUCUAGUGCAUACCCUGAUGAACUGGUCAGUGGAAGAGACAAUGAUCGUAUCAACAAAAACCCCAGACAAGAAGCUGGUAUUUGGCAAAGGGAAUUUUGAACUUCUGACAGAAAAAAUUAGAGGAUCACCACAAAUAACUUCUGUCUUCCUGAAUGUGGAAAGAAUGAGUCCAUUAACAAAGAAAGAACUCGAAGCUGCCUGGGGAGUAGAAGUAUUUGACCGAUUCACAAUUGUUCUUCAUAUUUUCCGCUGCAAUGCUAAGACUAAGGAAGCUAAACUUCAGAUUGCUUUGGCUGAAAUUCCACUUCUCAGGUCAAAUCUGAGAAAUGAAGUUGCUCAAUUAGAUCAGCAAGGUGGUGGCUCCCGCUAUAUCAUGGGAUCAGGAGAAACACUCAUGCAAAUACAGCAGCGGGUCUUAAAAGAAAAAGAAAUAAAAAUUAAGAAAGCCUUGGAGAAGCUUAAGAAAAGAAGACAUCUUCUCAGAAGUCAACGUAAAAAGCGUGAACUUCCCAUUAUUUCUAUAAUGGGAUAUACAAAUUGUGGAAAAACUACUUUAAUCAAAGCUUUGACUGGGGAUGCAGCAGUUCAGCCUCGUGAUCAAUUGUUUGCUACUCUGGAUAUUACAGCGCAUUCUGGAUCUUUGCCUUCCCAUAUGACUGUUGUUUAUGUAGACACCAUUGGAUUCCUCUCUCAACUUCCUCAUGAUCUCAUUGAGUCCUUUUCAGCUACACUGGAAGAUGUAGCUUACUCAGAUGUAAUAAUCCAUGUGAGAGACAUAAGUCACCCUGAGACUGACCUCCAGAAAGCAAGCGUUUUAUCUGUUCUAAAGAGUCUGAAUCUGCCAAACCAGUUACUAGAUUCAAUUAUAGAAGUUCACAACAAGGUGGACUUAGUAGAAAGCUAUGAAUCUAUAGAACCAAAUGCCAUAACCAUUUCUGCUCUUCUUGGGCAUGGAUUGGAGAAACUGAAAGCAGAAAUAGAAAGUGCAGUUUUGAAAGCAACUGGAAAAAAACUUCUCACUCUUAAUAUAAAGCUGGAAGGAGCUCAGCUAAGCUGGCUUUAUAAAGAAGCAACUGUACAGGAAGUUGAUGUUAUACCUGAGAAUGGAACAGCCAAUGUAAAAGUCAUCAUAAGUAAUUCAGCUUAUGGCAAGUAUAGAAAACUCUUUCCGAUAUAAUAAUGUAUUCAUUAUAGUAUGUAACUACUCAGCGUUUUAAGCAUUCUGAAGGAAUGUUGCCUAAAUACCAAAAUAGCUACUCCACUCUGCCUUUCAUUUAAGAUAUGUUUGCUGCUAUGUGAAGUAACAGCUCACCUUUAAAAUGGAUGUCAGAUUAUGUUAAAUCUGAGUUGCUUUAUAUAGAUAAAAAAUAUACUGGUUGAAUCACUUUCUAGAAAUUUGUUAGAUCUAGAGUGCUGCCUUCACUUGUUUUUUAAUCUGUAAAUAAAUAUUUAUGUUAUUUUUGAGCUUUUUAAA